AUGUUCCAAUUCAUUGCAGCUGUGGCGACGGAGGAUGGCUUGAGGGCUACUUCUGCGAAAUUAUCACCCGAUGGCCGGUUUCUGGCCAUAACGCAGGGACCUAGUAUUCUAAUAUACGAUGUCUCCAAAAAUGCCAUAUCACAGACGCUGGUCACGUCGCAUGCAAGGCCAUUCUCAGAACUGUGCUGGUCCCCUGACGGACAGUGCAUCGCGACUGCUUCGGAUGAUUUCUCCGUGGAGAUAGUGCACUUGUCGUACGGGCUGUUGCAUACGUUUGUCGGUCAUACGGCGCCUGUGAUAUCCCUGGCGUUCAACAGAAAGGGCAACUUGCUGUUCACGUCCUCGAUGGACGAAAGCAUCAAGAUCUGGGAUACGCUAAAUGGCUCGCUGAUGAAAACUAUAUCUGCGCAUUCAGAGGCAGUGGUGUCGGUAGAUGUGCCCGCAAAUGACUCGUCCAUUCUGAGUUCAGGUUCGUAUGACGGGCUCAUACGGAUCUUCGAUGCAGAGACAGGCCACUGUUUGAAAACGCUGACUUAUGACAAGGAUUGGAAAAGGGAAAACGGUGUGGUGCCCAUCUCCCAGGUCAAGUUCUCUGAAAAUGCAAGAUAUCUUUUGGUGAAAUCGCUGGACGGCGUGGUGAAGAUAUGGGACUGUAUUGGGGGCUGUGUGGUACGCACUUUCCAGGUCCAACCUCCGGAGAAGGGUGUGCUGCAUCAUUCGUGCGGUAUGGAUUUUUUGAACCCUGAAGACGGCUCCACUCCUUUGGUGAUCAGCGGUUACGAAAACGGUGAUAUAUAUUGUUGGAACUCAGAUGAUAAAGAGCUUGUUCAAUUGCUCGAUGGUUCCUCCCAUCAUCGGAAUAGUCCUGUGAUGAGUAUACAUUGCUUCGGCAAUAUAAUGUGCUCGCUCGCGUUGAACGGAGUUUGCUGUCUAUGGAGAUGGGAGUGA